AUGCUGUCUUUCGGAAGAAACUGUCUGUUGAUAAUUUUACUGUUUUUAUUUUCUGUUCAACUGUCUCACACCAAGCGAAUUUUUAAGUGUCCUUCAGGCUGCACCUGCACGAAAGAUUCUAUCAUUUGCGUCGGGUCCUCUGUCAUCCCACGGACUAUCCCAAACGACAUCAACUCUCUGAGUAUUGUAAAUGGCAGUUUCCCAGAAAUCAAGGAGGCGAUGUUUGCGCUCAUGCCGUCACUGCAGCUGCUACUGCUCAAUUCUAAUUCACUCACGGCCAUAAGCGAUGAUGCCUUUUCCGGUCUCCCUCAUCUGGAGUACCUAUUCAUUGAGGGAAACAAGAUAGAAACAAUCACCAAAUAUGCCCUCAGAGGAUUACGAGAUGUCACACACCUAUCAUUGGCUAAUAACAACAUGAAAACGCUACCCAGGGGUCUCUUCUCUGAUCUGCAUUCUUUGAUUGAGCUGGACCUGCGCGGUAAUGCAUUUCAGUGUGAUUGUCAGUCUAUGUGGCUAAUGCUCUGGCUGAAGAGAUCCAACGCCACGGUCUCAGACGUCUACUGCGCAGGCCCGGCAGAGAUGAAGGGGGUUCUGCUCAAAGACGUCCCAGAGAAACACAGAAAAUGUGUCACCACCGAUUUCAUCUCCCAUCAGACUCUGCCCACACAAUCCAUGUCAGCUGACAUUUUCACCUAUAAGGACGACAUUUAUGUUGCUAUGGCGGUUCCAAAUUCAGACAGUUGCAUCAUCAUGGAGUGGGACCAUGUCGAGAGUAAAUUCAGGCCUUUUGAUAAUAUCACAGGACGGUCUGUGGUUGGCUGCAAGUCUGUGCUGAUUGAUGAAAAGGCUUUUGUCAUUGUCACCCAGCUGUUUGAUGGCUCCCACAUCUACAAAUACAGUCAGGAACAGAAUAAAUUUACCAAGUUCCAAAAUGUUGAAGCAUCCAAUGUCUCAAAGCCCAACGACCUUGAAGUCUUCCAGAUAGGGGAUGAGUGGUACUUUCUGGUCGUGGACAGUUCCAAAGCCGGCAUGUCUACGCUGUACAAAUGGAACGACACCACCUUCUACCCGUACCAGUUUUUGCACGAGUGGUUUCGCGAUACGGAUGCAGAGUUUGUUGACUCGGACGGCAAAGCGCACCUCAUCCUGACAAGCCGUUCUCAGGUUCCCGUGAUCUACCAGUGGAACAAGAGCACACAGAAGUUUGUUUUUCUUUAUGACAUACCCAACAUGGAUGACAUGGUCAGCGUGAAGGCCUUCCGUGUCAACGGAGCGCUCUAUUUGGCCCUGGCCUGUUACAUCGGUGACUCCAAAGUCCUGAGGUGGACCAACAAAGAGUUUGAGGAGGUGCAGGCCAUGCCGUCACGGGGUGCCAUGGUCUUACAGCCCUUCCAGUUCAAGGGCCAGCAGUACCUCGUUCUGGCUAGCGAUUACUCCUUCUCGCAGGUCUUCCGGUGGGACGAGGAGAACCAGGUCUUCGUCAAGUUCAGAGAGGUGUACGUUCAGUGGCCACGGUCGUUCGCACCGCUGUCCACCGACCACCGCGACUUUCUGCUCGCCACCAGUUUCAAGGGCAAAACGAAAGUUUUUGAACACAUCUCUGUCGACUACAGCUCUUGA